AUGUAUGUGAAAUGGUUUGAUACAGGAAUGGAAUACUAUGUGAUUUUAGUGUAUUUAGUGAAUGUCACUUUUUGUCAUUUUCAAAUUUCCCACCAGUUCUGUCCCCUGUACGUCCCGACGCUCGCAGGGGACGGAACCCAGAUGACAGAUGUCGACAUCCGCCGGAGGACAUUACAGGGGACAUCGCGGGAGCGCAGGAAAAGGUAAGUGAACAGAUCCCGGAGCAGCGCCGCAUGGUAAGCCUGAGUGUAGCUCGGGGGGUUUACUGCUUGUGCUACACUCGGGAAUACCGCCAGGGAGGUUA